CUACAGAAAAAAAAGUUACUCAAAAACACCAAUUAAGGCUGAGAGGAACGAGUCCAAGAUGAGUUCCCCCGAAGCCAGCGAGAUCAAGGGCAGCGCUGCCCCUGAUACCAACAUGGAUAUACAAACCGAGAAGCCAACACAGGAGACACCGGCCUCCAACCAGCCCAGGAGAGAGCUUUUCAUCCGAUCGCUUCCCGCCUCCACGACGACCGAGAGCCUGACGGAAUAUUUCUCGCAAUCCUACGUUAUCAAGCAUGCCGUUGCUGUAACAGACCCUGAGACGAAACAAUCGAAGGGAUACGGUUUCGUGACGUUCGCGGAUCUCGAAGACGCAAAGGCCGCGCUGGAGGAGUUCAAUGGCUCUGUUUUCGAGGGCAAGAAGAUCAAGGUUGAAUACGCUCAACCGCGUCACCGUGUUGUUGAUGAGAACCUUGGAAGGAGCAAGCCUUCGGCUGAAGCUCUUGAACAGAAGAAGAAGAGAGAGGAUCAGAGGGCGGCCGCUCAGCCUAAGCUGAUUGUUCGAAACUUGCCGUGGAGCAUCAAGGAACCCGAAGACUUGGCGGUUCUCUUCCGCAGUUUCGGCAAGGUCAAAUAUGUUACCCUUCCCAAGAAGGGAAGCCAGUUGGCCGGUUUCGGUUUCGUUGUUUUGCGCGGAAAGAAGAACGCCGAGAAGGCCUUGCAGGCAGUGAACGGAAAGGAGGUGGACGGAAGAACACUCGCUGUCGAUUGGGCUGUCGAGAAGAACGUCUGGGAGGAUCUACAAAAGGACAACGAGGAAGAAGACAAGGAUGUAAAGGAGGAAUCAGAAGAUGCUAACAUGGAGGAUGCCAUCGAAGCAGAACUUGGCAUUGAUGAAGAAGCCCAAUCUGACGAGGACGACGACAUGGAAGACGGUAGCGACGUUGAUGAGGAUGAGGAUGCCGAGGAGGACGAGGACGAGGAUGAGGAUGAGGGAGAGAAGGAAGACGAAAGGAACGCUUCGACUAUUUUCAUCAGAAACCUUCCGUUCACCUGCGACGAUGAUAUGCUCUACGAACACUUCACCCAAUUCGGUCCCCUUCGCUAUGCCCGAAUCGUCGUCGACCACGAAACCGAGCGUCCCCGUGGUACUGGUUUUGCUUGCUUCUGGAAGCCCGACGAUGCAGCAGCCUGUGUGCGCGACGCCCCUAAACAACAAGAUACCCUUGUCGCAGAGAAAGAUAAGUCGAAGAAAGCCUCUACCGCCUACAAGCAUUCCAUUUUACAGAACGAAAACGCCGACCCCACCGGACGGUAUACCUUGGAGGGUCGCGUACUACAAGUCGCCCGCGCAGUGAGCAAAUCUCGCGCUUCACAGUUAGAGGAAGAGGGAGUGUCUCGCCGACUCGUCCGCGAUACCGACAAGCGCCGCCUCUACCUGCUUUCUGAGGGUACCAUCCCAACGAACUCCGCCCUUUACAAGAAGCUCUCGCCUUCAGAGAUUAAGAUGAGAGAAGACAGCUACAAGCAACGACAGAACUUCAUCAAGAAGAACCCGGCCCUCCAUCUCAGUUUGACGCGUUUGUCGAUCCGUAAUAUCCCCCGUCACGUCACCACCAAAGAUCUGAAACAGCUUGCUCGUCAAGCGAUCGCCGGAUUUGCAGAGGAUGCGAAGAAGGGCCUGCGGCAACCUCUGUCCAAGGAUGAAUUGAACCGCGCGGCCGACAUUAUGAGAGAGGCAGAGCAGUUGCGGAAGAAGAAGGGUGUUGGUGUUGUGAGACAAGCGAAGAUCGUUUUCGAAACCCGGGAUGGUCACAAGGUUGGUGAGGAAAAGGCCGCGGGACGAAGCAGAGGUUACGGUUUCGUUGAAUACUAUACCCACCGCCACGCUCUAAUGGCUCUCAGAUGGCUCAAUGGCCAUGCUGUUGAGGCACCUGCGACUGGCUCGGAGGACAACAAGGAGAAGAAGAAGCGUCUGAUCGUCGAGUUCGCCAUUGAGAACGCCCAGGUUGUCAAGCGCCGACAGGAACAGCAGGCUAAGGCACGUACCUUCAAGAAGGGCAAGCAAGAUGGUGAAGGUUCGGCUGAUAAGGACGAGGGCAAGAAUAACAAGGGAGGUCCCAAUGGGAAGAAGAGAAAGCGCUCUGACAACAAUGAAAAGGGCGCAAAUGGGGAGGAUGAUGAGGAACAGAAUAAGCUUGCAAAGCGGAAUCGUAUCAUCGCGAAGAAGCGGAUGCAGCGAAGAUCUCGGAAGGGAAAGGCUUAAGGCCGGGUACAUAGAUAAAAGUCAAUGCGGGUUAUAUAUGGAGUAAAUAGCUAAUGAUAUCUGUCAACAAGCUCAUUCAUUGGUUUCUGGCGCUGUAUUGUUCAAUGCAUCUGUCGUCGACAACAGUUUUGCAUUGACAGUAGCUCGCGUAAAAGUAGAGUCCACGGGUAUAAUCCUUGCAUUAGA